UAAUCUCUCAUUUAUGCGCACACACAAAGUUAGCUGUUGAUUUAUCUGUUUUCACAUCUCUUAUAUUCUGGAUUCACCUUUUCAUCAAUGCUACUCUGUCUACAACCGUGAUUGUAUAUAUACUAUGGCUAUGUUUGUAUAUAUAUUAACAGUUUGUUUCGUUGGUAAUUCUGUUGGCAUUUGUUUUAGUAAUGGAAUUUCGUGUUUACUGACGAAAAUUCAGUUGGAAUCUCGGUUUUUCUUAGAGUGGUUUGAUGAGUUAAAGUAUGUGAUAGGAUUAAAAUCUUGGGAUUAAAGUAUCACUUCACUUUUAUUUCCAAGAAUUAUAGUUAACUUUACUUUUUUUGAACUCUCUGUUCUGCUGUUGCAAGUAUUCUCACUAAUAUCCCUUCUUUUAUUGCAACGCUAAGCUUAAUUUUUUUACACAGAGGUGACUUGUAAAUGUUCACAUAUACAGGAGGCAAGACCACUAGACUUGUUAUAUUAAUAUUUAACAAAUAUUAAACUCCACUAGAUUUGUUUUAGCAAGGUAUAUUAAACUACAUAACUUGUCUUAUUUUCCUCUAGUGGCUUAAAACAUGAAUAUAGUAUCUAUCUUGGGAACCGUUCCACUCGGAUUAUGUGGGGGAGGUAGGAGCUUCAUGGAUUCAGUGCAUAUUUUAUUUACUUAUUUAUUAUUUGUCUACAUGUCUCUUUCAUUUUGUUUUUGGGUAAAUAAGACUACCUUCAUAUUUUUAAGGUCCUGCUGGGUCAAUGGAUAAUGUUCGUGCAAGUCUGCAAAGUUCAUCUUUGAUGAUAAUGUCAAAUUUUCCAAAAGGGCCCCUUGUUUUUUCAAUUAUAAAAGUUAGCUGCAGAGGUUAUAAAACAUAGUAAAAGAAAGAAGCAAUUAUUAUUAUGGUCAUUUAACAGGAAGAGGGAGAAUCUAUUGUUACUACCAUGUUAGGCAACACGUCUCUGUCGUUGUUUUUAAUUGAUAUAUCAUCAUAAAUGACUUGCAGAUUUGAUCUAUUUUAGCUCAUCGUUGUUCAUACUCUUAUUAUUGGCACAGUUGACUUCUGGUUCGGGAAUAAAUUCGGAACCAUUGAGUGAAAAUUAUAUGGCUCAAGAAACAUAAGCAGACGCCAAGAAGUUCAUCAACCAGAAGUACAUUAUAGAAGUCGCAUCGGACCAGCUGCAGGAUACCGAUAUUAGGCCACUUCUGGGUGUAUUCUGUACCUGCAAGUCUGAGAUAGAGGCAAUUAGCCAUACAACAUCAUCUUGCUUGCUUAACCAAGACGAUAUCAUGUCAAUGAUCCGUGGAACAGAUUCACAGCUUCGAGUCCUUAAUCUCCAGAAUGUCACAUUUAGUGAGGAUGUCUUGAGGGAGAUUUUCGAACAAGGUUUGGACUGCGAAGUUCUAAACUUGAGGUCUACUGACAUCAGAAAGCUUAACAUUUCUGGGAGAUUUAUGCAAUUGCACACCCUUAAUUUGGAUUUCUGUACUUCUCUUGCUACUUUGGAGAAAGAUUGUUUUUCUUGCAUGCCGAAGCUGAUGCGUCUUUCGAUGUGUGAGACACGAGUUGGCAAUCUGUGGACAACUACUGCAACCUUGGCCAAGCUUCCUUCUUUAGUGGAACUUCGUUUCCAGAAUUGUUUGGGUUGUAAAGAUACAGGGCCAUGUUCUGCAUCAUUUGAUGAGCAAAAAAGUUUUUUGGCUUAUGAUAGCUUUGUUCCAGAUGUAGAAUUCCAGAAUUUAGUUUCUGCAGAUGACUUGUCUACUGACUCUGCAGCGCAUAUUUUGACUCGGAAUUUGUCAAAUGACAACCUGGUGAAAACCCCGAGCCUUCACCAAAAUAGUAAAUCAUCAAACUUAUCAGAGGUCAUUGCUGCAUCUAAUGGACAAGCUAGCUCACAAAUUGAGUUUUCUUUCGAUAAACUGCAUGUUGAAGACAAAGUUGUCCCUUCUCUGAGUGCAUUUAACUGUUCAGAUGCUACCACUACUUCAACAAAGUACACUUUAAAUCAUCCUUCUCCCAUCUGUUUUGUGAAAUACUAUAGGGAGUAUAUGAUUACCUCUUUGCCCCAUUUACGAGUACUAGAUAAUUUGCCAAUAGAAAAGUUGGACCGUGAAUUAGCAAAGACCACCUUUGCCAAACACUUUGAGUACUUACCAUAUAAACGCCGUCACAAGGAGAGUGUAGUCAGUGUUCUGCAAAAGCGUGAAUCUGGGACCAGCAACAUCCACCACCGAAAACCUUUCAGGAAAAACCAGUCCUCUAGUAGUGCUAAAGGUGGAUAUUUAUGCUCCCAUUCUCUUUUAGCUGCCAAAGUUGGGAAUUCUGUAUGGCCCCGUGUACAUUCCAUAUCCAAUGUCAGCCAUAUUACCAAAGAUGAUAGUGACAACCUCCAACCACGGCAAUUUGAGUAUCAUCCGUCAAACUCUAGUCUGCUAGCAUUUGGAACUAUGGAUGGCGAUGUAGUUGUUAUUAAUCAUGAAAAUGAAAGUGUUACCGGUUAUAUCCCAUCUUUUGGCACAAAUAACAGUGUUCUUGGCCUCUGUUGGCUGAAGAAGUAUCCAUCAAAGCUCCUCACAGGUAUGGAUAAUGGUUCAUUAAGACUGUAUGAUAUCAACUAUAUGUUGCCAAGGGUAUCUGGAAGUGUAUGCAGCUCCAGUACAGUUUCAUUUGAGAACUUUGAGCAUUUAACUUCAGUUCAUGUCAAUUCAACGGAUGAUCAAAUUCUGGGGAGUGGCUAUUCCAAAAAAGUUGCUGUGUAUGAUAUUUGUAGUGGCAAACGAAUACAACUGUUCACUGAUAUGCAUCGUGAAGCCAUUAAUGUAGCUAAAUUUGCUCACCAUUCUCCGUCAUUAUUUGUAACUUCAUCGUUUGAUCAUGAUAUCAAAAUGUGGGACCUAAGACAGAAACCGUUCAGACCUUGCUAUACAGCAACAAGCUCUAGUGGAAAUGUGAUGGCUUGCUUUUCUCCUGAUGAUCUUUAUGUUCUUGUGUCAUCUGUAGACAAUGAGGUAAAGCAACUUUUAGCCGCAGACGGGCGACUCCACAUGAAUUUUGAAAUAGCUUCUACAGGAAGUGCUCAAAACUACACCAGAUCAUAUUACAUGAAUGGAAGAGACUAUGUUAUUAGUGGGAGUAGUGAUGAACCUGUGGUUCGUGUUUGCUGUGCCCAAACUGGAAGGCGACUACGAGAUAUACAUUUGGAGGGUAGAGCUUCAAGGGGCUCAUUGUCAGUGCAGUCUUUGCGGGGUGAUCCCUUUAGAGAAUUUCACAUGUCGGUUUUAGCAGCCUAUACACAUCCUUUCCCCAGGCGGGAGAUUCUCAAAGUCAAUUUGCUGGAAUCAAGUGAGUUUGCCGAAGAGGAUCUUCUCAACCAAGAACAGUACCCUGCCUAUUGAUUGGGAGGUUGAUGUAUGUAAAGAAUGUCUGUGGCAAUACAAGUAUCAUUGUCUGCGCUAAUUAUGUAAUACUCCUAUACUUCAUUGUCCCUCCUUUUACUUAGAACCAUUAAGCUUUUAGCUCCAGUAAAUGUCUCUAUACGAUCAUUUCUCACAGCCCACACCAUGUGUAAAGCCAAAACUUGUAAAUAUAUUGUAAAUCAAUUCAAGCUUCUUGUUAUAGAUA